AUGGCCGCGCUCGUGACCUGCGCCUUUCAAGCGAAUCAGCUGGUGCAAGUGCUCUCAAAGUCGAGUGGUGCGUGGGUGGAUGCCACAGUGCACCAAGUUCUGCAGGAUGGCGCCGUUUGGGUGCGGUACGGCAACGCACAGAAGGUGAUCCCAAUAGAGCUCCAAAGCUCGACGUUGCGCAGCAAGUCUGCACCGCUGCCUGCGCAUGGGGAGCGGGUGCAAGUGUAUUCAAAGAGCCAGCGGCAGUGGAUUACCGGGCGAGUGCGAGAAAUUUGGCCGGAUGGCUCCGUCCAUGUGCAAUACGAGGACGCGAAGCACUUGUACAAGGUCAUCGCACCCGAGCUUCAGGACAGCUUGCUUCGGCCAUUGGAGGUGAAGGUGGAUGCUCAGGAACCAGCACAAGCACCAACCAAACCACCUCAGGUGGACGAGGAGCGCGCAGAGCAACGGCGCUUGGCGGAGCUGGCGGACGAGUCAGAACGGCUGAAAGCCACGAUCGCAAGGCAGCAGGAGCAGAUCAAUGCCUUGCUGCAGAAGGAGGUCGGCGCGUCAGACGUGCCCGCCGCAAGUCACGCGGCGUCCGAAGUGCCUGCCGCAAGUCAUGCAGAGAACUGGAGCUGCAAGGAUUGCACUUUUCAGAACGUGGAGCCGCUCCAGGAGUGUGAGAUGUGCGGCGCUCCACGCGUCUCCACGGUGCCGGAAGCGCCGCCGGCCAAGCGCGUCCGCCGCGCGCCGCCGGUGAUCGACGUACCCGUGGAGCCGCCGGCGGUGGAGCCGGGUGCGGCGGAGUUCUUGCGAAGGGCGACGGAGGUGGUGGAAGCUUCGCAAGGGUCACAGCCCUGCUCUCGAAAUGCCGCUGAGCUGGUGGAGAUCCCACUGGAGGGUGAGGAGGCCGCAACCAGCAGCGAGGCUGGUGGCCAGUCUUUGGCACGGCUGCCGCGGAGCUUCCAUGAGAAACUGUGCCCCUACCAGCGUGCAGGGGUGGCCUGGAUGUGGCGCCUCAAGCAGCGGCGCUCGGGAGGGAUCCUGGCCGACGAGAUGGGUUUGGGGAAGACCGUGCAGGCCUGCGGCAUGAUCCAGGCCCUGCAGUCGCCCAGUAGUCGCUCCAGCCACAUCUUAGUGAUUAUGCCCGUGACCCUGUUGGAUCAGUGGGCGAAGGAAUUGGCACGCUGGUGCCCCACAGUGCGGGUCUACAUCUACCACGGCUCUUCAGGACAUCGAAAUCGAGCGCUGCGUGCCGUCAUGCGCGGCGGAGUGCUUCUGACCUCGUAUGCGAUCCUGAAGAACGAGGAGGAGAAGCUGGCGUGUGUGAAUGCUUCGGAGGCGAUGCAAGGCACCUGGUUGAAGAAGAAGGAGGACCUGCCACGUGACAAGCCCUGGGACUUGGUCAUUUGCGACGAGGCUCACGUGAUGAGAACCAUUUCCACUUUGUUGGGCAAGGCGAUGCGGAAGAUCUCCUCCUCCUGUCGCAUUUUGCUCACAGGCACUCCUGUGCAGAAUGCCUUGCAAGAUCUUUGGGCUCUCAUGGACUUCGCCGAGCCUGGACUUCUGGGCAACCACGCGACCUUCACCAAGCGCUUCAAUGACCCAAUCGAGAAAGGCAGCUUGCGCGAUGCGUCGCCUUCGGCGGUCGCCUUGAAGAAGCGCCUCUGUGAGCAGCUCUGGACCCUGGCGAAGCCCCACCUGCUUCGGAGGACCAAGGAGCACCUGCAGGCCGAGAGCUCCGAGGCGAUCCUCGGGAAGCCGCUGUCUCCUCGCAUGGAGUUCGUGGUGUGGCUCACCCCAUCCAGAGAUCAAGUCCGCACCUAUCAGAAAGCCUUGGAGACCAGCGACAUCAUCCACGAAGCCAAUUGCAAGAGCAAGUUGGGUGUCGAGGUCUUCCGUGCCAUUGCCCUGCUGAAACGGCUUUGCAACCAUCCCGUCCUUGCCAUCAAGCCCGAGGCCUGGAAAGAGCUCCUGGCGAGCGCCGGGUGCAGCCCGGAGGCACCGGCAGCGAUUGCAGCAGAGGAGGACAAGGAAGAGGAGGAGGCUGCGGACCCUGGUAAAGCAGUAGAGCGGAUGCUGAAGAACCUCAAGCGUGACGCCAUCUCCCUGGUGGGUCAGAGUGCCAAGUUGCAGUGCUUGAGUUCGCUGUUGCCCUCCUUGGCGUCCAAGGGGCACCGGACGCUGAUUUUCUCUCAGGGCGUUCGCAUGAUGGACUUAGUCGAGCUUUGCGUUCUGAAGCGCCUCCAGCUCAGCUACUUGCGCAUCGACGGAUCGACUGACGUGAACGCGCGCAACACGGCGGUGCAGAAGUUCCAAGAGACCAAGGACUACAGCUGCAUGCUCUUGACCACCAAAGUGGGUGGCUACGGCCUCAACUUGACCAGCGCCGACCGGGUCAUCAUCUUGGACCCUGCAUGGAAUCCUGCAGUGGACAUGCAGGCAGUGGAUCGUGCACAUCGGAUUGGACAAGAGAAGGAGGUGAAGACCUAUCGAUUGGUCAUGAGUGGGCUCAUAGAGGACAAGAUGUUCCGGUUGCAGGUCUUCAAAAUGGGCUUGACCAAGACGGCCUUGGAGACCAAGCAGCAACAGCGGUAUUUCACGGCCGAGGAGAUCCAUGGGCUCUUCGAGUGGACGGACCCCAAGUUGGGCGAGACCCGCAAGCUGCUCCGGGAUAUGCAUGGCAUCGAGGACUGCGCAGCGGUGAGUGAUCCGGGCCUCACGAAUGUGGCGGGACUCAGUAGCUUCUCCUACUUGUACCAGACACUCCAGGGAGAGGAGGAGAUCGGUGAAGAAAUGGCACCAGAAGUCAGGCUGAUGAAGGCCCAGCUGAAGGUGGCGGAGGAAGCGGCGGGAAAGGCUGCGCAGACUCGCCUGGAGGUGGAGACCUCGCUCCAAAAGGCCCAGCAGGAACUGCAGAAGACCCAGGAUGAACGAGAUCUCACUGGCGCGCGGAAGGCGGCGAAUGGCCAGGUGAAGCGAGCCCAGGCUGCGGUGGUGCAAUGGAAACGGAAUGAGGCGAUGAUCAUGGCAGACGUGGAGAAAGCCACCAAAGCCAGGGACGCUUCCUUGAAGGAAGUGACUGCUGCAGAUGAGCAACAGAAGCAGCUCUCGGAAGAAGCGGCCAUCGCCACGGCCUCAGCGGCAGAGGCCAGCCAAGGGCUGGCCGCGGCGGAAAGCCGCGUGGCGAAGCUGGUGGAGGCCCUUCAGAUCGUGUUGGCCAACACAGCGAAGAAUGCCUUCAAGGUGCCUGCGCGGCUGGCCGAAGCUCUACAGGCACAUGGCGAGGCCAAAAGAUCGAUGGAUGACGAGUGGGAGAAAUUGCUGGAGAUCGAGAGCCGCUAUGAGGAGUGCCAAGCGGAGAUGAACAUCGUCAUGCAGGGCUUGGGCCACAGUGGCUCCGUGCCGCUGAAGACCUCCCAAGCGGCGCGAAGGAGCGCGGAGAAGGAGAAAGCGCAAGCGGAGAAGUCCUUGGCGAAGGCCACGGUCUUAAGCUCCAAGGCUGUGGAGCAGUUGAACCAGGCCAUGGCAGAGCUCAAGAAGCUCCUGGACAACUCGGGUGGGGAAGCUACACGAGACCAGGACCAGGAGCUCCAAGAGGCUUGGGCUCAGCUGCUCCAGCACCGUGAGGACGCCGCCAAGGCGCAGGCCGCCGAGCGCCGACUCCGGCGCUCCAGGCUGGCGGCUGGGCGGAAAGUCAAAGAGCAACAAGCCAGACAUGCAGCAGUCGAGAAAGACCUGGCCAAAGCGUCGAAGGAGAUGCAGGCGUGGCAAGCGGAGCUGGCAGAACUGGAGCAGCAGCUCAGCGAGGCGCAGCAGCAAUGCCUAGAGGUCGAAGAAGCCGAGCGAACCAGGAAGCGAAAACGGGACGAGUGGCGAGCGAGCAUCAGCGAGGCCAAAGAGUCGUUGAAGUCGGCGCGCCUCGCGGAGAAGACCGCGGCGGCCGAGAGGACCGCGUUGUACAAACACUACGCGCAGGCUGACGAGGCGUUGAAGGACGCCCUGAAGGACGCGCGCUCCGCUGAGCGCGCGGCGGCUCAAGAGCGGCAGAAGGCCAUCGCUGCCAUCCAGGCCCUCAAAGCUGAAGCCUAUGAUGCAAACCAGGCCUUGGACGUGCGCACCGGGCGCUGGGAACUCACCCUCGAGGGUGGCAAGGGCAGCAUCCGUGUGCGCCCGGAGAAUGUGGUUCCGUUGGAGAUGAACAUCGCCGAGUCACGAGCUGAGCGCCCAUGGGCGACCGCAGGGUCCGACAUUCCGGAGGAAUUCCGCUGCGUGAUCACCAGGCGUUGGGACAGCAGAGGCUUCCAAGGGAUUCCAAGCGGCACGGGCAGAGCCGUGGCAGAGUUGGGGCGCCCCCCUGCCACGCCCGCCCGGCUUUGCCGUUUGAGCGCAGCUUGCGCGCCGUUCCGGAACGGUGGAGGUCACACUUAUGAGCGAUCAGCCAUCACCAAGUGGCUGGAGGCUCGCGACCGCUGGACAGACAAGUUGGCCGCCGUACGCCACCUGCAGGUGCUGAAGCCCAACCACGCCCUGCGCGCGCAGAUCAUCGCCUUCCGGGAGAGUCUCCCCGACGGACGGCCUGCUUUGACCCCGGAGGGCAUCAGCCUGAAGGCCUUGGCGGACACCGCGUCCGCCGUGUCUGCCGGUCUCCCGGUGGAGACCGAUGCGAUCCGCGGGGAGUUGCUGGCGGCCUUGGAGGUCGCAGAGCCCGAGAUCCGCCACUUCCUUCAACUGCCGCAGCGCUACCCCGACGGCCGCGCCAGCGCCGGGUGGCUCGCCGCGCGGCGCGGCCGGCUGACCGCGUCGCGCUUCGCGGCCGCCUGCGGCGUCGGCCCCAAGGGCGGCGGCGGACGGGGCGCGCGGAAGGCAGCAGUGGCAGUGGCUCGGUGGGGGUGCAGGGCCCUGUUGAGGAGGAGAUGCUGGCGCUGCCGGAGGGGCGUCCGCAACAGGCCUCGCGUUUCGGUGUGCAGCACGAGGAAAGGGCCCGAGCAGCAUACCUGGCCUGGCGCAGGAGCGACGAGACGCUUAAGGGCCACCAGGUGGACAUCCAAUCGUUGGGCCUUUGUGUGUGGCCUCAGGAGCCGUGGUUGGCAGGUUCUCCGGAUGGUCUUUGCUUGCUUGAUGGCACCCCUGAAGGGCUGUUGGAGAUCAAAACGGCGACAUCUCUUCACGUGCCGGACGAGGAGUUGCCAGUGCAAUGGAUCUAUCAGGUGAAUGGCGUCUUGAAGGUGGCCACUGAAGCUUUGAAAGCUCCGCUCCCCUGGUGCGACCUCUUUCUUUGGACACCUGACACAUUUACCUGUCGGAGAGUGAGCUUUGAUGAGGAACUUUGGCAGAAACAAAUGUUCCCUCAGUUGCGCAGCUUCUACUUCGACCACUACUUGCCAGAGUCGGUGGCGCGCGAGGAACAACGCCAAAGCCGCUGCAACAAGCAGCGGCAGAAGAACGCGCGGCGGAAGCAGAAGCGAAAGAAGUGACGGCCAAGAGCUCAAAAAGUGC